GGCCAUCCAACUCUAAAGGGAGAGCCAGAUUUGCCUACGGGUUAAUGUCUUUUAUGUAAAGUAGACGAGUAGUUUCAGAACGUUCAGUACAAGUGAUACAGCAGCUGUGUAUACAGUCAUUCCGUGAAUACGUGUAAUACGUAAUUUGUAUAUAGGCUUACAUGUUACGUGGUCCAUAAACAAAUAUAGAUGAUUAGCUAGACGGGGUGUCAGUGACACAUUAUAGUCUUGGUGGUCUGUCAACGAGUAUUAAGGGGAAUCAUCGUUUGCUGCUGUAACAUCUUGCGGUUAUAGUUUCACUUUCUUAUUUUUAUGAACUAUACCAACCAUACUUUAAGGGGUAUGAAGGAUCUUGCGACAAUGCCACACAUUUUUUUGAUACAGACCUGAAGAUCUGCUGUGACAAGUGCCGUCCUGGGUUUCAUAUGAAGGAAAAAUGCUCCCAGCUGUCUGCUACGUUCUGUGUGGCUUGUCCUGAAGGACUGUGGUCACAGGGAUACAGCUACAAUAGCAACUGCCGCAGAUGCACUAAGUGUCCGAAUGACAAAGGCUUGGAGUUUGGUCAGAUAUGCUCAAAAACCGAAGAUGCGAAGUGUGUCUGCCAGCCUGGAAAGUACUGCAGAUUUGAAUUCAAUGAGUGUAAAGAGUGCAGAACAUACAAGUCCUGCCCCAAGGGUCAGGGGGUCAUCACAGCAGGGACGGCUACUUCAAAUGUGAGGUGUGGUCCCUGUCCUCAAGGGACCUUUUCUGAUCAGUUGUCUAGCACGCAGGAGUGCAAAGCACACUCAAAGUGUAGAUCAGAGGACAUCAAGCAGAAUGGCAGCUCUAACUCAGACACUGUGUGCAAGACUCCUGUCCCUUCUGAUCCGCCAUCCGACUCAGCGCCUAUACAGAAGCCGACCACCCAGUCAAUCUUUGACUUCACAUCAUCAGCUGUUACACCGACAGCAGACUUUUCCACGACAACAGGAACACCACGUGUAGUCCCACUGCCCUCUAGUGGUAACCAAAGCCCAACUCAUCCGAUGGGUUCUCAGACCCAAAGCACAAAACUACAUAAUGAAGAGCCUGCAUGGCUAUGGCCAGUUGCUGUAUUCGCUGCAACUUUUGCAGCUGUUGCAGCUGUUGUGAUUGUUGUCUAUCGGCAUCUUAAAAAGAAGAGAGGUUUGUCCGAAAAGAAAGCUAAAGUUGGAAAUGGCUAUACAAUACAAGCUCUCCUCCCUCCUGAGCCCAGCCGUCCAGAUCACCAGCUCCUCCUGAGCCACGGUGAUGUGACUGACCCCCCCGUCUCUUCGUCAGAGAGACAAACCCCCAGCUCCAGAUCCUCAUCUAGGCCUAAUCCUGGCCCCGCUGGGCUCUCCAGCUGCUACAUGAACCAGGGCGACUUCUGUGGGGAUCAUCCCCAGAGUCCUAUCACUCAACAGGUUGUCAAUGUCAACGUCAACAUCACGGCCUGUGCCGUGCCUGUCAGUCCCACUAGUACUAGCACACCCCGGCCCAACGAACGUCCAGCGGAGUCAGACAGCGAGCUGCCCCUGUCCCAGGAGGAGGUGCACAUCUCUUGCCCAGAUGAGCAAGGCAAGGACCAUCACACGGCUGUCCCAGAGACAGGCGAGUUUGUAUGCUAACGGAUUGGAACUUGGAAAACAGUGUUCAGUGCCCCAAAGACUUGAGAGUAAAUUGAAGAAAGUGGGUCUCCCGGUCUCCGUGAGGGACUCCGAGGGGGCACAGUGAGGUGGUGCUCUGACACGCGUUCCUCAGAUAGGAGCUUAUUUUGGGGUGGGCCGGACUUGUUCCACAGUAUGCAGUUCUGAGAGUUAAGGCCAGUGUUUUAAUGCUGUACACGUUUCGAUUUAAGGGAAUUUUUUUAUGUUUUGAAUAUAUUUUUAUAAAAAAAUGUCUGUCAUAUCUAUUAAACUGGUUUUGUCAGUGAUGGCCAUUCAUCAAUUAUCUUUUGUACUUUUGGAAAACUACAUGUUAGAAUACUGCGUACUGUACUGAAAUUACUGAUUCACCUUUUCACCACAUUUUGCAUUUUGAAUUGUAGUGUGGUGCCACCUAGUGGUGACAAUAUUUACAAGUCAAACUAAACUUUUUACCUUGGGUUUUCCCUUCACGGUUUUAGGAAACACCCAUGCUACUGCUGAUGAUGCUAUACAAAAUGUACAAAUAAUGCCCCUAUUAUCAGCCACCACUGAAUUUAGAAUACAAUAGAACAUAUUUACCCUGCACCAAAAAAAGUUCCAACUUUGCUGUGGUGGAAAACAGGUUCUCAGUAUUUGAGAUAGGUGAACAAAUGAGACAUUUGGAAUUCCAAUGUUAUGGGCAUCACCAAUAAUCAAAGAUAAUUUGCAGUUAAAAAAAAAACAUUUUAAAUGGGUGGAAAUGAGCUUUGUGUGAUUAGGACCAUAAAUGAUUCUUGAUGAGGCUGGACUUCUAGUUAUGGAUGGAUUCUAUAUACAUAUGUACGUAGCUGUUUCACAUAGAUAAUUGUACGUAAAUAACAAUACUUUGAGAACA